GCCACCAUAUUUAAAUAUAUAUAUAACUAUUUCCCCCCUUCCCCCGGAAACUCUGAAAAGCUCGUGAACUUCUCCGUUAAACCCACUGCCGUAUUCCACUUCGUGUAGUUCCAUUUUACCCGACAACAACCAGGAUGUGGCUGUCUACACAUUCCGCGUUAUUGGCGUUAAUUUUGUUUAUUACGAUUGAUCGGCACGGCGCGUUCGGACUUCAGGACGUGACUGGAGCUUUAUUCGGGUCGGAGAAUGUGGGCACAGUGGCCGCGUUUGGAGAUUUUAACUCGGAUAAACAGACUGAUGUUUUUGUCAUCAGAGAAGACUCUGAGCUGGUGAUUUUCUUGGCUGAUGUUAAAGCUCCGUAUUUCAAACCCAAAGUGCAUGUAAAGAAAGAUGCGUUUCCAAGUGGUAUCAGCGUGAUCAGCAGUGUAGUUCCAGCUGAUUAUGAUGGAGAUUCUCAGAUGGAUGUUCUGCUCACCGGCCACACGACAGGAUCGGACCUGCAACACACCAGCGUCUUCAUCUUCUGGGGGAAUAACCAAACUCUGAAUCAAAGUGCUAGAGUCGACCUGAAUGUGACCUUUAAGGAUCAACCUCUAGUUAUGGACUUUAACGGCGAUAUGAUUCCGGAUAUUUUCGGAACGGUGGGCGACUCCACAGAGGUCUGCUAUCUCCGUGGCAGGAAGCCGAAGUGUGAGAAAGCGCUGGGGUCAGACGUGCAGAUCCGCGUUCCUCACUCCCACGCCUUCAUCGACCUUAACAGGGACUUCACGGCGGAUUUGUUUCUCAGCACACGAUCGAAAUCAGGGUUCGAGUUUGAGACUUGGAUCAAUACGGAUGGAAACUUCACCAAGAACUACGCAACAAAAGCACCAGAGAACGUCCAACAAGUGGGCCAGUCUGCUUUCGUCGAUUUCGAUGGCGACGGUUCUCAGGAUCACCUCCUGCCCGUCUGUAUGGACGACGCGUGUACGAAAAGCGUCAUUUACCUGGCGAGGCCUGGCCAGGAGAAGUGGUUUCCUGUACUGAUGGAUUUCCAGUGGAAAGACUCACUGUGGGGUUUUGUUCCUCCUCCGAACACGCCCCAGGCGGAUGAGUUUCAUCCCCUCAUCACGUUACACCUGGGUGACUACAACCUGGACGGUUUCCCUGACGCUCUCGCCAUCCUGAAAAACACCAGCAACAGUGCUCAGCAGCAGGCGUUUCUUCUGGAGAACGUGGCGUGUAACAACGUGAGCUGUAGAGACGUAGGACGUAUGUUCCACGUGCACUGGGACCAGUCGGACCUGAACGCCAUCCCCAGAGCCGCCGUGGCCACGUUCUUCGACAUCUACGAGGACGGAAUUUUGGACAUGAUCGUGCUGAGCCGGACGGAGGGGAAGAAGGAUCUCACCAUCCACGCGUUGAAGAACAACUUCGAGGCUGACGCUUAUUUUGUCAAAGUGAUUGUACUCAGUGGGCUGUGCUCUAACGACUGUCCUGACAAAGUGAAGCCGUUCGGUGUGAAUCAGCCCGGGCCGUAUGUCAUGUACACGUCAGUGGACUCUAAUGGCUACCUGAAGAACGCCUCCGCGGGUCAGCUGAGUCAGUCAGCACAUCUCUCUCUCCAGCUCCCCUACACCGUCCUGGGCCUUGGCCGCAGUGCCAACUUCCUGGAUCACCUUUUCGUUGGCAUCCCCCGACCCCCUGGAGUCAAGGACAUGAGGAAACAAGAAUGGACCGCCAUCAUCCCCAACUCUCAGCUCAUAGUCAUUCCUUAUCCAAACAAUGACCCUCGCAGUUGGAGUGCUAAACUCUAUCUGACUCCCAGUAAUAUUGUGUUGCUGACGGCCGUGGCGCUGAUCGGAGUGUGUGUUUUUAUCCUCAUCAUCAUCGGUGUGCUGCACUGGCAGGAGAAGAAAGCAGACGACCGCGAGAAGAGACAAGAAGCUCAUCGCUUCCACUUCGACGCCAUGUGAGGAACCGGAGUGCAUCAUGGGGGGGAAAAAAAAGAAAGUCCAUCAUAAGCAUUCAUCUCACUGGAGAGUAUAUUUAUUAAUUUAUUUUCUAUGUUUUCCCCACUGAAUGUGGUCUAUCUGUUUCAGUUGAAUGUGUUAUUGAACGUGUGAGAUCUCGGGAAAGUGUGGCUGUUAUUCCUCUCUUCUGAUUUUUUCUUUCGCCCCUUAUAUUUGUAUAUAAUGGACGUUUACUUGAACGAUACAACAUAACAGUGUGUGUUUUUAGCUGAAGCAAGCAGGGAGUAUUGAUUUUCAGAAAAAAACAAAGGAAUGUUUUGGUGCCAUUUUAUUUGUCCUUCUGGCAUAACGCGUUGUGUUAAAUGUAUUUCUUCCUCUGUCAUUGUAAAAGGGAAAGAUUGUGUCUCUUGGGUAAAAGCACCAGGACUAGUUAUGGGAGUCUUUGUUUUUGGUGCUUGUUUUGAUGUACUUUAACAAAAUGGCUGCUCCAGUCAUAUUUGUUUGGCUUGCUUUUCAAUGCCUAUGAAUGAAACUGAAAAUGUUUCCUGUGCUAAUCAAUGAGGUGUGCAAAAAACAAAAAAAAUGUAUUCGUGCGGUUUGUCCUUUUUUUGGCUUGCUGUAAGAGCAUGUUUCUUUUCUUCUUUGUCAAAUGGUCAUGUUUAUAAGAUGUGUUUGGUGAUCAAAGUUUUCUUCCUUUAUUUUGCACUCAGGCUAGCCAGUAAUGGCAUCUCACACCAUUUUAGCAUCAUGUUCUAACAUCACUCGUACAUGAAGAGUCUAAUAAAACAGCAGAUUUUUAUAAAACUCCAUAUUAAUGAAAUAAAUGUGCAAAUCAAA